AAUAAAAUAAAAUAAAAAAAUUAAAGAAAAAGAGAAAAAUGAAGGGCACUUUCCACUUUGUUCCUGGAGGCUUGGUUGUUGGAAGCCUUUCGCUUUAAGCCUUUCUCCACCUCCAAUACCCUCUCUCUGAGAUCAGGUACCCGCAUUGAGAUAAAUGGGUUUGGGGACGCUACUUGAAGGCUUUCUGCUUCUUGCGAAUGCAUUAGCAAUAUUAAAUGAAGACCGUUUCCUUGUGCCUAGGGGAUGGAGCCUCUCAGAAUUCUCAGUGGGCAGGACAAAAUCAGUGAAGGGACAGAUUAUAGGUCUCAUUUACGCAACACAGUACUUGAGAGUUCCUCUCGUACUACUCAAUACUGUCUGCAUCGUUCUAAAAUUGAUAUCUGGAUGAUGCCAAAUGAGGUUAAUUGAUCCGAAGAUUCAUCGAAUUGAUAUCGGGAAUCUGCAAAAUCGACUCUCGUUUCUUGGAGGGUUGAAGUAUUAGGUUGAUGGAUAUUGUUUCAACAUUGUAUUUUGAAAUAGUUCAUGUUCCUUGUUGUUCAGAAUCUAUUUGAUUUUAGAUAGUAAUUGUUUGCCAACAUAUCCGUUGUGCGCAUUUUAAGGUCACUCAGGAUCGCUCUCUGCCGUUGUGCGUAUGAUACUGGAAACAUAUAUUUAUUAAUGCCAAAUUGCACUAAAAUUUCCUAUUGUUUACUCAA